UUCCAAGUGGCUGCUGGGUUUGGCCGGUUUCCGAGUGCGACGACCCGGAAGCGAUUCCCCAAGCGCGGGCCUCGUGGGAUCAUCUCUUAGAGAUUCGGUUGCUGCGGCCGAGCUGAUGACCAAGAGCAAGGCGGAGCCCGACGGGCGGGAGGCAGAGGCGAGCGGUGGGGAGCGCUCGUACCAGGAGCUGCUGGUGAACCUGAACCCCAUCGCGCAGCCCCUGGCCUCCCGCCGCCUCACGCGGAAGCUCUACAAAUGCAUCAAGAAAGCCUUGAAACAGAAGCAGCUUCGGCGCGGGGUGAAGGAGGUUCAGAAAUUUAUAAACAAGGGCGAGAAAGGGAUCACAGUUCUGGCAGGAGACACAUUGCCCAUUGAAGUAUACUGCCAUCUCCCGAUUAUGUGUGAGGACCAGAAUGUGCCCUACGUCUACAUCCCCUCUAAGACGGCCGUGUCAUCACUUUCCCCAGACCACCCUUCUUUGCCCUUCUUUGCAGGACCUGGGCAUAGCGGCCGGCUCUAAGCGUCCUACCUGUGUGAUAAUGGUCAAGCCCCAUGAGGAGUAUCAGGAGGCCUAUGAUGAAUGUCUGGAGGAAGUGCAAGCCCUGCCCUCACCCAUUUGAAGGACCUGGGCACCUGUCCUGCCCUGGAAGCUGCUGGGCUGGUGGGCAGGCCCACUGGCCACCAUCCCUGCUGGCCACACUCAUAGUCUUACCCCGUCCCUGGAGGUUUGAACCCUUCAGGCAGCUCCCACAGCUAUUUCGUGGAGGGAAAGCAAAGCUUGAAUUCAUCAGUGCUGUUUCCUGUUGAGCUUCAGAGGAGACAGAUCCAACAAUGUGGUGUGGGGGAAGUAAAUGCUAAGACUGAAAUGUG